GGGAGAGAGAAAAGUAGGUUACGAAAUCUCUUCAUGUAUUACAAUAGUACAAGCGUCGACACAGUAGGAUUAAAAUCCAUGACUGACGACAUCCUGUGAAACAAACUUUGUUGUCGUCAUGCACGCGGCCCUCGUGCUGUCUGCGCUCGUGCUCUGUCUGACUGUGCACGUGCAUUCUCGAGGGGCGCUGAAAAAUUUCGGUAACGGAUUUCAGGCGAAUGGAGGAGUGUUCGGACAGUUCGGAUAUGCAAGCGGUAAUAUUCUAUAUCCGCCUAGAUAUACUCCAGUAGGUGGUCCGAUGCAGACCUUCAACAAAAAUGCAUGGAAUGGUAUCAGUAACAAUAAUGGUUACUACAAUAAUCAAAUGGGGCCAGUUAGGGGAUUCGGCAUGCCGUUUGGAGGAAUCGAAGAAGAAAACAGCAUCGGAACUGGACCAUUUGGCUUUAAUACUGGUCCAGGUAUAACUAGUGCUAUGUAUCAACCAGCAAAUCCAGGGAGAGCUUUUCCUGUAGGCAGAUAUACAGGAGAGAAUGAUAAUGACGACCUUGAUGGUUAUGACGAUUACAUGAGAGGUGGCAGAUAUGGGCCAAGACGUUUUCUAAAUGAUCGUCGAAAUAGGUUCCCUGCUAGAAUGUUUCCCAGGUUCCCAGGAAUGACUGGAAACGAUGAUAAUGACUUGGACAUUGACGAUGAUUUUGAUGAUUUAUUCGAUGAUGACUUUGAUGAUGAUGAUGAUGAUGACAUUCUUGAUGAACUACUUGAUGACUUGUUUGACGACGAUGAUGACUUCGAUGAUCUAUUUGACGAUGACUUUGAUGACGACGAUCUUGAAGAACUUUUUCUUCUUAGUUUGCGUAGACGUGGAUUAAGAGGAUUUCCCGGUUUAAGAGACUUUCCAACGAAUGACAGAAGAGAACGCUAUAGAGGUCUUGGUCGAAUGGGAGGUUUCGACGGUACGACGCGAUAUCCAAACCUUGGAGUAUCUGGUGGUAUAUCCCAAUAUGGAGGAUAUAGCGGCAUGUUCGGCAGAUCUGGUAGAACAUCCCGGUAUGGAGAACCUACCGGUUAUGGCAGACCAAACGGUCGGAUUAGAGGAAAUCCUAACUCACGCAGAUUUGGUUUCAGCAGAAGAAAUAUGGAUUUUCCACGACCUGGUCGAAUACCAUACAGGGGCUCUGGUGUCGGACGAUACGCCGGUGAGGAGAAUGAUAUUGAAGGAAUUGGUGGUCCGAAUAGAAGAGAGAUUUCCAACUAUCGUUCCUAUGGCAAUUAUAAUGGUAGACCUAGGAGAAGAAGACAAGGUGGCAGUAAUAGACUUCAUUCCAGGCCUCGUGUUCAAUACUACAAAUGUAAAUGCCAGAAGAAAUGUCCAAAAUAUAAGAUCAACACUGGAAAAUGUAAAAGGUGUAAGAAAAAGAAGAAAUGUAAAUUAUUCCGAUGCUGUUUGAGAAGAAGAAUAAGAAAAAAGCCAAAGAAAGGAUAAGAUAUACAAAGUGCGGCGUCUUUUAACAAAAUGCAAUAGUUGUUUUUAUCGGAUACCCGGUCUUAAAUUGAAAACUAGAAUGAAAAGCAGUUUGAUAU